AUGGAUCGGCGCUCCCUUUGCUAUGGGCUAAAGGGUCUCAAUCUCGACCGCCUGUCGAAUUUUCAACGACCCUCCGUGUGGGUACAUCCAGUCCACUUCAACCAUGCUACUCGACUCAGGCCACACAUACACACAAACACAUACAUUUCAACCGUCUGUCCAUCGGCCUCUCGGUUGAGGCUGAACAGCCAAGUCCCACCUCGUCAGGCCAACUGUCUCACAGAAAAGCCAGCAAAAGUGGGGUUCUGUUCUCGGAAGAUAGCGCCGCAAUGUGAUUCCGUGUCACCUUCAACAGCACAAACUGUUGGUCACCAUUCACAUUCCAGCUGGUCGAUCCGUAGCAAGGCACAACAUUGGAACGCUGGUAAGCAUUCAUUAAACCCACCUUUUAUAACACUUGCAAAUGGUAUUUCUUUACGUCUGCGUCGAACCUACCGCCACUCCGAUUUCACGAACAAUAUAGAGGCCCGACUAGGCUGUGGAGCCUUGAUCUGA